AUGACCUAUACCGAAGUCAAGCCCAAAGUGCUCCUUAUCGGAUGCAUUGAGCAUGCACAAUCAGCCUGGGGUGCGCUGGGGGAAUUGGCAGAGCUGGUAGAAUCAACAGCCACCCAUCGAGCCGAGUUCAUCCAAGAGUGCAAGGAAGGCAAGUUUGACGGCGUGGUCGCAUUGUAUCGGACCAUUGCAUCUGUGGCCCUCACGGGUUUAGUAGACGAAGAGCUUUUGGGCGUGCUCCCCCAGUCGCUUCGAUACAUUGCGCAUUGCGGAGCGGGUUAUGACCAAAUCGAUGUCCAUGCCUGCAGUGCGCGCAGUCCUCCAAUUCGGGUUUCUAAUGUCCCAACCGCCGUGGACGAUGCCACUGCCGAUGUGAACAUGUUUCUUAUACUCGGGGCAUUGCGCAAUUUCAACACUGGCAUGAACGCCCUGCGGCAGGGUAAGUGGCGUGGUCAGCCGGAACCACCGCUUGGCCAUGAUCCCGAAGGCAAAGUUCUUGGGAUCUUGGGAAUGGGUGGGAUCGGACGUAACUUGAAGAAGAAGGCUGAGGCUUUUGGCAUGAAGGUUAUCUAUCAUAACCGCCGCGAGCUCAGCGAUGUGAUGUCUGCAGGGGCUCAGUAUGUUUCGUUUGAUGAGCUUUUGUCCACUAGUGACGUGGUGAGCUUGAAUUUGCCUUUGAAUAAAAACACCCGCCACAUCAUCAGCAAGGCCGAGUUCGCUAAGAUGAAAGAUGGUGUGGUAGUGGUUAACACUGCCCGUGGUGCUGUGAUGGAUGAAGCUGCUCUUGUUGAAGCCCUGGAUAGUGGCAAGGUGUUUUCGGCCGGGUUGGAUGUAUACGAGGAAGAGCCCAAUAUUCAUCCGGGGUUGUUGAGCAACCAGAAUGUGAUGUUGGUGCCACAUAUGGGCACUUGGACCAUUGAGGUGAGUUCUCAACAAUCUUCAAAGUGCUGCAUUGACUCACUCUGCAUACAGACGAUACUUGCCAUGGAGGAAUGGACUAUUGAGAACAUUCAGAUGGCUCUUGAAGUGGGAUCACUGAAAAGCCCAGUCCCAGAGCAAGCUGAUCUGUAA